GUCAUUUCUUUUCGUGGUUGAUUUACUUUGAAUCUACAAGUAAGAUGCGAUUGAUGUUGAAAAACUUCAUCCACUUCUGUAUUGCGGUUGUAUGUUUUGAGAGAGCCUAUAAUAAUGCAUUGAAUCUGAAUGUUAUUUGAUUCUCGAAACUAUGGAAUUUGCACGUGCUGUCUUUGGAAAAUCCCCAGAAGGAUAUAGUGGAAGAAAUACUGCUGUAGAGACAUUAUCAGAAGAUGAAGACGAUCCAUAUGGAGGAGAUAUCAGUGAAGCCAUUAGCAUUCGAGCUAAUCUGUUUGGCUCGCCAUCUAGUGGCCAGGGGUAUUCUCCUGCUCCUGGUGGGCCAUUUUCGGCUCUUACUCCUUCUAUGUGGCCUCAGGACUUGCUUGCUACUCUAGCUCAGCCUGAAGAUUCUGAAUGCCAUCCUGAUUAUCGAUUUGACGAAUUCGGUUUUCGUGUUGAUGAAGAGGAUGGUCCUGAACAAAAUUCUAGCAAACUUUUAAGUAUCCCUUUUGUUGAAGACCCACAACAUCGCUUGCAAUGGAUUGCCUAUUUAGAAUUUACUCAUAACAAUGAAGUAGGUGAUCUGACCUGGGAUAAGGUUGAUCCUUACUUGCCAAGGUCAGAGAAAUUAGGCAACAUGAUACGCCUAGGAAUUCCUCACUCUUUGAGACCGCAGCUAUGGAUUCGUCUUUCCGGUGCUCUGAAAAAGAAAAACUCUUGUGAUUUGUCUUAUAAAGAUGUUGUCAAAGCUAGUUCUAAUGAUCACAUCAUGACGUCUAAGCAAAUUGAAAAGGAUCUUUUGCGGACACUUCCAAGCAAUGCUUGUUUCUCUCACAUGAAUAGCACUGGUAUUCCAAGAUUAAGAAGGAUAUUAAGAGGUUUAGCAUGGCUUUAUCCAGACAUAGGCUACUGUCAGGGAACUGGAGUCAUUGCUGCAAUAUUGCUGCUGUUUCUAGAAGAGGAAGAUGCAUUUUGGCUUAUGUCUACAAUUGUUGAAGACUUGUUGCCAGCUUCAUACUAUUCAAGCACUUUGAUUGGUGUUCAAGCUGAUCAAAGAGUGCUGGUUUCUCUUAUUGCUUCUUUACUUCCUGAUUUAGAAGCUGUUUUGAAAGAACACGAUAUAGAAUUAUCUCUGAUUACCCUCCAUUGGUCCCUUACUUUAUUUGCAAGUGUAGUUCAUACCAAGAUCCUGUUGCGAAUCUGGGAUUUAUUUUUUUAUGAAGGUUCUGUAGUUCUUUUUCAAGUUACUCUAGGAAUGCUGAAAAUCAAAGAACCUGAUUUACGAACACUAGAGAAUUCUGCUCAAAUUUUUAAUGCUCUUUCUGACAUUCCUGGGGAGGUAGAUGAUGUAGAUAAACUCUUUGAAGUAUCUUAUGAACUUGCCGGAUCUCUUAAUGACAUGACUCUUGAAACACAUAGGAGAAAACAUCUUGCUUACCUAAUGGCUGAUCAAGGUGCUCUAUUAAAUCCUGAAAAUGCCAAAAAUCUUCCAAAGCAGCAUCUGAAUCGGCGACAAUUGAAAAGAUCCAAAUCUAUGCUACAGUUGAUUAUAUUUGGUGAUGGAGAAACUGAAGAAGAUAUUCGCAGCAAAAAUGUUCGGCAAACUGAAAUUAUGGUUGACUUGAGAGAAGCUAUUUUACAGAUAGCUCGGCAUUUUCAGUCAGUUGAUCCAAAAAUCAAAGUUAAAGGAAAUUUUUUUCAGAAUUUGGUUUCGGAUUACAGUAUGGAAGGACAUGCAAGAGAUCAAGAAAUAUUUGCCAACGUUGCUCGGAAUCGUAGCAGAAGAGCUAAAGCUUGCUUAGAUUUUGAGCGCCAUGAUGAUGAUGAACUCGGCUUCAGGAAAAACGAUAUUAUUACAAUAAUUAGCCAAAAAGAUGAGCAUUGUUGGAUUGGGGAGCUGAAUGGAUUAAGAGGUUGGUUUCCAGCAAAAUUUGUAGAGCUUUUAGAUGAAAGAAGUAAACAGUAUUCAAGUGCUGGUGAUGAUUCUGUUACAGAAGUUAUUACUGACUUGGCUCGAGGAACUUUGUGUCCUGCUGUAAAAGCUGUUUUAGAACAUGGAAUGAAAAAAUCCUCAAUUUUAGGUGGACCAUGUCAUCCUUGGCUGUUUAUUGAAGAGGUUGCUAAUAAAGAAGUGGAGAAAGAUUUUAACUCCGUUUAUUCUAGAUUAGUUCUUUGUAAAACAUUUAGGUUAGAUGAAGAUGGUAAAGUGCUUACUCCUGAAGAAAUUCUUUAUAGGUCAGUGCAAGCAAUUAAUUUAUCUCAUGAUGCUGCAAACGCACAAAUGGACGUUAAACUAAGAUCACUUGUUUGUAUAGGUUUAAAUGAACAAGUGCUUCAUUUAUGGUUUGAAGUUCUUUGCUCGUGUAUUCCUGUUGUUCAAAAAUGGUAUCAUCCAUGGUCCUUUAUUAAUAGUCCUGGUUGGGUACAAAUUAAAUGUGAACUCAGGCUUCUUGCUCAGUUUGCUUUUAAUUUGAAUCCUGAAUGGGAACUACCUUUAAAGAAGGAACCUUCACAACCUCUGAAAGAGGGAGUUAGAGACAUGCUUGUGAAACACCACCUUUUUUCCUGGGAUUUGUGACAGUAACAUAGAUACCAGUGAGAAGCAAAUUGUAUGCCAAAGAACUUGUAUUUUAAAAUAAUCAAAAUAAGUUUUUUAUUGUCUGCCUACAUGCCUGUUUAAAAGUAAGCACAUUUUGUUCUUGGUAAUUGUAAAUAUUGUAUACAUUCCAUUGAAAUUAUUUGAACUGUGUGGGAAGAGUUUAGUAGAGCUUGCUUGUUGUGUAGGGUGUCUUGGAAGUUUUUAAUGUUUGGUAAAAGAGUUAAGUCUUGCUGCUCAUUUUAAAGACGAAUGUAAGAGUUUGUGCUUUAGAAGAAGUUUAAAACUAUUUUAUGAAAGUAUUAUAAAUAAAUUUAUAAGACUUGUGGAGGUAAAGUUAUGAAAAAUCAAUAAUAUUGAAAAUGAAACAUUCUAGAUUAGAUACAGAAUUAUUUAUUAUCUUCUUCCUGUUUUCCAAGUACUAUUCUGAAAAAACUGCAACUAAUACAGCAAAAAAAAAAAAAAAAAAAAAAAAAAAAAAAAAAAAAUUGAAAGAUUAUAGAAACAAUCCAAGUUUUAUACACAAAUUUUGUAGAUGUUCUGUGCAUGAGCCCUUGGUUGUAAGGCAAACAUCAAUCUGGUUGUCCAAUUCCCGCCACACUCUGCUUAACAUGGAGCUGUCAAUGUUAUUGAAAGUAUGUGUUAUUUUUGCACACUUUGUCUUGUAUGCUGCGUAAAAGACUUUUCGUACCCCUUUUGCUACAUAACUUAGCAGAACUGCAUGGAUAAUGGGUAAGGCAUGUUAUCAAUAAUGUUGAUGAUAUAGUGGUGAGUCGGGUGGCAGGAACUGGCUUAUCACAUUGAUGUAGGCCCUGUGACCCAGGGGGUUUACCCAUAGAAUAUCCAUAAGAUAUGUAAAUAAAAUUUGGAUUGUUUCUGUAUUUUUUGCUGAAUUGACCUUUUUUUUUAUCAACUUUUCUCUUGUGCAGAAUCCAUUUGCUCAGGUGUGACAUUUUUUUGCACUUAUUUGCACUAAAUUUUAGGAAUUUUAAGCUCUGGUUUUCAAUUUUUACAUACUUGAAAAAAAAAAAGAAAAAAAAGGAACUAUUACAUUUCAUAAUAUAAAGUAUCAAUAUUCUUUUAAAAUUUUUUGUAUUAAUGUUUGUGUUGCAAGUUUGACUGUACGGUUACACCCACAACAUGUACCAACCACAAUUUUUUAAGUAAAAAAUUUCUUUUGAAAGUUCAUCUUUCAUAUGACGAGUAAGCAAUCCGUCAAUAGAUAGCCUGUUUUUACCCGACUGCGCGUGCACGACGCAAAGGAGGGUAAUGUGUUUAUCAGUCUAUGUAUAUAUGUCCGUUUCUAUGUGGCGUUCUACAGGCAAUUUUGGUAAUUCUAAUGUCAAUCAAUUUGUCUUAAUCUUGGGAGUGUCACUAAACACAUGACAGUAAUCAAAAUUCACCAUAUCAAUAACCAGUUGCCAUAUUUUGUCAGUUCGGGAUCGGCGCACGUUUGGUGUUGCACACUGUGUUGCACGCUACCUGCGUGCGACAAAUGAAGGUAGUUUUUGAUGCCUGAAAGUUUUUGCUUAAUAAGUCUACUAAUUGGGGUCUCAUUGGCCGAGUGGUCUAAGCGAUUGCUUCUCCCACUUGAGGCGGUGGGUCAAGACACCCUCGCUCCGCAUGUACUUUCCCCUCUUUCUGAUGUAAAUUCUUUCAUGUGUUCUUUAUAUGUAUUCUGUACUGUAAUAAAAAAUAUAUUAUGCGUAAUGAAGGCAAGACACUCAGAUUGUAGUCCUCAUCAAAAUAAACCCGUGCAAUAAGCACCAAAAGAAAGAGUCUACUAAUUCGAUUUUCAUCUCUAUCAUGUUGCAUUUGUUUUUGUCUUGAUUCAAAGGACUGAGUUUCGCUACGUGUACUUUCUUAAGAGGCUUUUUUAGUUUUGCGAGAAAGAUUUCACUGACAACGUUUCCGAUUUUGCGCCAUCAUGAAUUAUGCAGGCUGUUUAUAUAACUGUGCUGUGGUUGACUUAAGUUCGCGUAUUUUUGCCGAAGGUCAAGCACAUGUAGUUUUAAGCGGAGUUAGGUUUCUAGAGGGACUAAUUAUCAGUAGUUUAGAUUAGACCACCGCAAGUUACUUAAAAACCUAACAAUACAAACAAACUCUCCCAAUGAAAUGACAAGGUUGCGAAAUGUACCGUCUUAUAAUCAUAAUAACUAAGUCAAUAACAAUUAACUAAAAAGUGUAAAAUAAAAAAUUAUUAAAUAAAAACAAAAAAACUGA